CCCCCUCCCCUCCUCCCCCCCGUCCCCUCCUCCCCCCCGUCCCCUCCUCCCCCCCGUCCCCUCCUCCCCCCCCUCCCCUCCUCCCCCCCCUCCCCUCCUCCCCCCCGUCCCCUCCUCCCCCCCGUCCCCUCCUCCCCCCCGUCCCCUCCUCCCCCCCGUCCCUCCUCCCCCCCGUCCCCUCCUCCCCCCCGUCCCCUCCUCCCCCCCCGUCCCCUCCUCCCCCCCGUCCCUCCCCCCCGUCCCCUUCCAUCUCCCCCCCCCGUCCCCCUUCCCCCCCCCGUCCCCCUUCCCCCCCCGUCCCCCUUCCCCCCCCGUCCCCCUCCCCCCCCCGUCCCCCCUCCCCCCCCCGUCCCCCCUCCCCCCCCUUCUCCCCCCCCGUCCCCCUCCCCCCCCCCGUCCCCCCUCCCCCCCCCGUCCCCCUCCCCCCCCUUCUCCCCCCCCGUCCCCCUUCCCCCGCCCCCCGUCCCCCUUCCCCCGCCCCCCGUCCCCCCCCGUCCCCCUUCCCCCCCCCGUCCCCCUUCCCCCCCCGUCCCCUCUCCCCUUCCCCCCCCCCCCCCCCCCCCGUCCCCCGUCCCCCCCCGUCCCCCUUCCCCCCCCCCCCGGUCCCCCUUCCCCCCCCCCCCGUCCCCCUCCCCCCCCCGUCCCCCUCCCCCCCCCCGUCCCCCUUCCCCCCCCCCCCCCGUCCCCCUUCCCCCCCCCCCCCCCCCCGUCCCCCUUCCCCCCCCCCGUCCCCUUCCCCCCCCGUCCCCCCCCCCCCCCGUCCCCCCUCCCCCCCCCCGUCCCCCUCCCCCCCCCCCCCGUCCCCCUUCCCCCCCCCCGUCCCCCUUCCCCCCCCCCCCGUCCCCCUUCCCCCCCCCCCGUCCCCCUUCCCCCCCCCCCCGUCCCCCUUCCCCCCCCCCCCGUCCCCCUUCCCCCCCCCCCGUCCCCCUUCCCCCCCCCCCCCGUCCCCCUUCCCCCCCCCCGUCCCCCUUCCCCCCCCGUCCCCCUCCCCCCCCCCCGUCCCCCUUCCCCCCCCCCCCCGUCCCCCUUCCCCCCCCCGUCCCCCUUCCCCCCCCCGUCCCCCUUCCCCCCCCCCCCGUCCCCCUUCCCCCCCCCCGUCCCCCUUCCCCCCCCCGUCCCCCUUCCCCCCCCGUCCCCCUUCCCCCCCCCCGUCCCCUCUCCCCUUCGCCCCCCCCCGUCCCCUCUCCCCUUCGCCCCCCCCCGUCCCCUCUCCCCUUCCCCCCCCCCGUCCCCUCUCCCCUUCCCCCCCCCCGUCCCCUCUCCCCUUCGCCCCCCCCCCGUCCCCUUCGCCCCCCCCCCGUCCCCUUCGCCCCCCCCGUCCCCCCCGUCCCCCCCCCCGUCCCCCCUUCCCCCCCCCGUCCCCCUUCCCCCCCCCGUCCCCCUUCCCCCCCCGUCCCCCUUCCCCCCCCCGUCCCCCUUCCCCCCCCCGUCCCCCUUCCCCCCCCCCGUCCCCCUUCCCCCCCCCCGUCCCCCUUCCCCCCCCCCGUCCCCCUUCCCCCCCCCCGUCCCCCUUCCCCCCCCCCCGUCCCCCUUCCCCCCCCGUCCCCUUCGCCCCCCCCCUCUGCCAUGAGGGCCCUUGUCUGUGCUGUUCGGUUAUGUAUAUACCUGUGGGAGAAUUUUGGCUUUUUUGUGGUCAUCCAGUGGUGA